UUUUCCUUUCACAUAUCUUGUGAUUAGAAUUAAAUUUCAAGAAAUGGAAUUCUUGAAAAUUCAGAACUAUAAUACUCUCAUGAAAUCACUCGUGUUACUACUAUUAUGUGUUGUUCGUGUGAACGCUCAGGUUACACUUCCGUCUAGACAAGACGGAUUCUGGUACAAGAACAGAAUCGCCAACACAGAAUCUAUAUUAAUAGAGGCUUUCUUCGAUCCCCUUUGCCCUGAUAGUCGCGAUUCAUGGCCCCCUCUCAAGCUAGCUCUCCAACACUAUGGAUCUCGUCUCUCUCUCGUUGUUCAUCCGUUCCCUUUACCGUAUCAUGACAAUGCAUUUAUUUCAUCGCGAGCGUUGCAUAUUAGCAAUCAGUUGAAUACUUCUGCUACAUAUAGAUUACUGGAAUCUUUCUUUGAUCACCAGGGCAAGUUUUAUGGCAAUGCGACGUUCAACUUGUCCAGAUCAUCUGUUGUAGAUAAAAUUGCAAGAUUUACAUCAAAUUCAAUUGGGAAUUCGCAUUACGCUGCUGUAAAAGCUGGAUUUACUGACCCCAAAACUGAUCAUGCAACAAGAAUUUCCUUCAAGUAUGGUUGUGUGAAAGGCGUAUAUGGGGCGCCCUUUUUCUUCGUAAACGGGUUUCCUCUACCUGAUGGUGGCUCACCAUUGGACUACAAAACAUGGAGAGAUGUCCUUGAUCCAUUGAUUUCACCUGAAGAACAAUUAAGAACUGAAAAUUUGAAUUUCUUCUUGUGAAUCACUGAUCUUUUAGUCUCCAAUUGUAUCUGUACUCUUUAUAGCCUAAUGUCCUGAGAGCUAGAGAGACAAAUUAAACUCAAUAGUUCUUAUGUUUAGACAUAUAUAAUGAAAGUUUAUUACUUUUA